UGGGCAGCUAGUGAGCUAGGUCUGCCUGACCUGCUGCCUUGGGCGUGCGGCCACAGGAGCAGCAGGGCACGGGAAGCUGCGUGAGCCUGCUUCACCCUUGUCAGUGCUGUGGGACGGGUCCAGAGCUGACAGCCAGCCUCCAGCAGAAAGUCUCCUCCUGGCUCCUAGCUCACAGGUGGUGAAGUAAGCGCUCCCCCCGGCCCUUGGAGUACGGCUUUGUGACAGGGGGCUUGUUAAGGAAAGAUCAGGGAAGAUCUCCUGCCUCCGCCAGCCUCCCGCCAGGGGAGAGGAGGAGGAGAGCAGCUGGAGGGAUGCUUCGAGGCUGAGGCCGGUCUCUGCGCUGGACCAGGGGAUGGACACGGGCUGCUCCAGCUCCCGGCGGGCAGGGUGCGUGCCGAGCCGAUGCCGCGUGUUGUAAGCGGAACCCCGGCGGUGUGUGAAGCUGAGGGAGGAUUCUGGCGUGGUUGCAGGAUGAAGAUGUGGCCUUCAGGACUUGUAAACUUUCCCAUGGCCCACCUCUCAUCAGGAGGCUGUGAGGGCUGCUGAAGAUGUCCGAUAGUCUGGAUAUUGAAGAGAAACCUCCAGCCCCACCGUUGAGAAUGAACAGCAACAAUCGCGAUUCUUCAGCACUAAACCACAGUUCAAAACCGCUCCCCAUGGCCCCUGAGGAGAAGAACAAGAAAGCCAGGCUUCGCUCCAUCUUCCCAGGAGGAGGGGAUAAAACCAACAAGAAGAAAGAGAAAGAACGUCCGGAGAUCUCUCUUCCUUCAGACUUUGAACACACGAUUCAUGUGGGGUUUGAUGCCGUCACUGGAGAAUUCACACCAGAUCUCUAUGGCUCACAGAUGUGCACAGGGAAGCUCCCAGAGGGCAUUCCAGAGCAGUGGGCCAGGCUACUACAGACCUCCAACAUAACAAAACUAGAGCAGAAGAAGAACCCACAAGCAGUUCUAGAUGUCCUCAAAUUUUAUGAUUCCAAAGAAACAGUUAACAACCAGAAAUAUAUGAGCUUUACGUCAGGAGAUAAAAGCGCCCAUGGAUACAUAGAAGCCCAUCCUUCGAGCACAAAAACAGCAUCAGAACCCCCGUUAGCGCCUUCUGUUUCUGAAGAAGAGGAUGAAGAAGAUGAGGAAGAGGAAGAUGACAACGAACCUCCGCCUGUUAUUGCACCACGGCCUGAACAUACAAAAUCAAUCUACACUCGCUCUGUAAUUGAACCCGUCGCUGCACCAGCACCGGCUAAAGAAGCCACAACUCCCCAGCCUGAAAACUCGAACACAAAUACUUUGUACAGAAACACAGACCGGCAGCGAAAAAAGUCCAAGAUGACAGACGAGGAGAUCCUAGAGAAACUGAGGAGCAUAGUGAGUGUGGGAGACCCUAAGAAGAAAUACACCCGAUUUGAAAAAAUUGGCCAAGGGGCAUCAGGAACUGUUUACACAGCAAUAGAUAUCGCCACAGGACAAGAGGUGGCCAUAAAGCAAAUGAAUCUCCAACAGCAGCCCAAAAAGGAACUAAUUAUUAAUGAAAUCCUGGUCAUGAGGGAAAAUAAGAAUCCCAAUAUUGUUAACUAUUUAGACAGCUACCUAGUAGGCGACGAGCUCUGGGUGGUUAUGGAAUACUUGGCUGGAGGCUCUUUAACUGAUGUUGUUACAGAGACGUGUAUGGAUGAAGGACAGAUAGCAGCUGUGUGUAGGGAGUGCCUGCAAGCACUGGAUUUCCUUCAUUCAAACCAAGUGAUUCACAGAGACAUCAAAAGCGACAAUAUUCUUCUCGGAAUGGAUGGAUCUGUCAAAUUGACUGAUUUUGGCUUCUGUGCUCAGAUCACCCCUGAACAGAGUAAAAGGAGCACAAUGGUUGGGACUCCUUACUGGAUGGCACCAGAAGUGGUGACACGAAAAGCAUACGGUCCCAAAGUGGACAUCUGGUCACUUGGGAUCAUGGCAAUAGAAAUGGUGGAAGGAGAACCGCCUUACCUUAAUGAAAAUCCUCUCAGGGCGCUGUAUCUGAUAGCUACAAACGGGACACCGGAGCUGCAGAACCCUGAGCGACUCUCUGCCGUGUUUCGCGACUUUCUGAACUGCUGCCUGGAGAUGGAUGUGGACAGGAGAGGGUCUGCCAAGGAGCUUCUGCAGCAUCCAUUUUUAAAAUUAGCCAAGCCUCUUUCCAGCCUGACUCCUCUGAUCAUUGCAGCAAAGGAAGCAAUUAAGAACAGCAGCCGCUAGUGCUUCAGGCUGGCUUUCUCCCAUGCCAGCUCCCUCCAGAGCAGGACUGAGAAAAAAAAAAACUCUAUAAAACCUCAACGCUUCUGCUGCAGGAUGGAUGGAUGGAUGGACAGACCAACAGUCGCAGUCAUGGUGGUAGGAGGGGAGAACAACUGUUCUCCAGUCCCUCAAUGAGUAAAAACUUACCACGUGUCUUCUUCCUGCUUUCUGGCUCCUUAAUUUAUUUUUUAAAUGAAACAGGGCUUAAGACAGAGAGGUAAUGACAGAAAAUGCUUUGCUGCUUCAGCCAUUUCUAAGGUAAAGCAAAUGCAGUUGGAAGAUUCCCUUCCUUCUUUCCCUGUGAAUAAGCUGUACAUUCACUUUUAAAUUGUCAAUUGUUUCUUAAAAUGCAAAGUCCCUUUUAUGUUAUUUUUUUUAUAUGGUUUGGAAUUGGAGAAGGGUCUUCUUCAUUCAUAACUCCAGACUGCACUGCCUUUUGAAUACAGUCCACUCGCUGGUAUUUGCCCAAUCAUUAUACUUCUAGAUGAGGAAGAAAGUGAAAUUGCGUUUCCAACCAAAAAUGAAUCAGGAGUGGAGCAGACAAAAUAUCCUGUUGAGAUACAGGCUUUCAACUGUGAAUAUAUCGUGUUUCUGUUCUUGGCAGUUUGAUUUGUAUAACUAGUUGUAAUAUGGGUGAGAGUCUUACUAAAAUGAGAAAGCAGAAAGAUCGGUGUGCUCAGAAAGGGCUUGUGUGAUGCAAAGCUGUAAGAGAGAUGUGACGUGAGAGCAGGCCCAGCCUUGCUCAGCGCCGAGCCCCAGCAGAUCCCUUGGCAGAGCACGGAGCAGCGUCUGCAGCCCCGGGCUGGAAGGAGGCACGAGCAGCAGCAGCCUGGUGCUGGGUGCCCCCCUUCUCCCGGGACCGGACUGAUCGCCCCCAGUGGGAUUAGCCUUCUUGGGUUUGUGCGGGAGCAAAGGAGGGAAAAACCAAGCUGGGCGGUGCUGCCACUUGUGAGGAUGCCUGCUCCUGGCUUCUUGUAGCUCCUGGGAAAGGUCGGUAGCACCCGUGCCCCUCUUGGCAGAGGGGAAGGCAGCCAGACCGCUCUGCGGGCUCCGUGCAGGUGAGUGUCCUUUGGGCGCACGAGUGCUGUCACGGGAACUGCGACGCUGGUGCAAAGGAGUGACGGCUUCCAGGGUUCGGUUCUGCCUGAGCCAGCGCCCCAGACAACUUGGGAAGAAAGUGCAUUUAAACCUGAAGCCUUGCCCUGAGCAAGAGCAAAGGUACGAAAUGCAGAGUAGAUUGCAGAAACAUUUCGAGCCAUAAAACCCGCCUGCUCUCUGCUGUCCUGCAUACAGCAGGCACUGCUGAAUGCAGUUCUGAGUUGCUGAGGGAGGGCGAAUCCUGGAUGUGACUGAGGAUUGCGCUCGCCUGGUCAGCUGAUCUGUAAGGGAGCAGAGUAGUUCUAGUAUGCCGUUUGUGUUUUAUUUAUUCUUUUCUGAAAGAAAGAUGGAGUGCGGCUUCACUCAGAAAAAGCAUUUUGUAUGGGUUAUUUGUUGCUGUACUUUAUUGGUACAACUAAUCAAAGACCUCCAAAACAGCAUUUAAAUCAACACUUACCUAAUGAGCAAAAAAAUGUGUAAAACAGCUUUCUGCUGUAGUCUGUCAUGUUUAGGCCUGGUCCUGCAAGGGGCUAAGCAGGCUUUAAGGUACUAAAAACCUUCCCGUUUUGCCGGUACGAAUGAAGGAUGUUUGGGCUACUCUUGAAUUAGGCUAUUAGCUUGUUUGGUUUUGGCUUCUUAUUUAGUCACAGUCUUUGUGUUGCAAAUGUCGUUAAUGCUGCCGCCUAACCCACCCUCACUCCUCUGUCCAUCCCAGUGUCCUUGCUGAGGCGAUGGGAGAGGUGAUGCUCGUUAGGUUACCACAGCUAGGUACAAAUUAGCUUCUGGCGUCCUGGGGAGUACAACAGGUUUGAUUUUCAGAUACACAAAUACGAAAAGAUGCUGCUGGUUUUGUGAGGCCGCAUUUUUCUCUGUCAGCUCAAGCUAUCUACCUGGGAGAUAAGCUUCCUUGAGAAAAAAAGAGCGACUGGGACUUGAGAAGGGCUGCCCUCUAUUUGUAAAGCGUUAAUCUGAAUGAAACAUGUUUGUAUUCCAUGUCAGAAGUGAAGAAACAAGUGACAGUCUUUCUUACCGGUAACAGCUUUUAGUUUAUCCUACCCACAAAGGAACAGACAGCCGUCCUUUGAAAGGAAAGCACUUUUUUAUGGUACACGUUUGCUGGACAUACGAGAUACUUACAUUGACAGACUAUGCUACGUGAUUGCUUUUUUUUUCCUAUUUAUUUUCUUUAACAGUAAGUUUCUCGGCAUCUCUAAUUUCCAGAAAAAACUUCACAAGGAUAACAAAUAAAAAUAGGAAAUUGGAUAUUAGUAUUAUUUUUCUGACCAUUGUAUGCUCCAGAAUACAGAAUAUUGUUGGCACUGGCUUUUUAAUACAACUGCUUUAAUAAGAGGCCUUAGUUUUUAUUUUAUUAUAUACUAUAUUUAUUUUUCUUUGCAUCAGAAAAUCCAGAGAUUUUUCUGCUAAAAAAAUUCUGUGAGGCAGAAAGGAUUCAACAGAAAUCAUCUCUGCCAGUGGUUCUUUUCCACAUGAACUGUAAUUGCCCAGCUGGGAAUGUUCUACGUACAGGGAAGCUCACCUCCAGCAUCUGGAGGCACCAGGCUUUGUGCUUGAGACAGUCUCAGGCACUAAAUUCUGAGUCACUAGAUACUGAAGGGUGGCAGCUGUUUUUAUCAUUUCCCAACUCUGAUAGGAAAUGUGGCAUAUUAAUAGUAAAAAAAAAUAAAAAUAAUAAAUCUGUCCUGAGAUGCGUAAGUCUUGUACAUUAUUUACAGGCGCAAGUAGUAAGUUAGGAUUGACAAUAGUGUUGACCUUCCAGAAAGAAGAGGCUAAUAUUAUAAAAUCUCUGGAGUUCUCUCGGGUUUUUUUUGGACUGCUAUCUUCAGAUUAAGCAAUUAGUUUACAUAUAUUUUUGAAAGUAUUAGAAAUAGGAUGUUUCUGUUUUUAAAUGCAUAGGUAAAUGUUAAAUACGUUUCAAACAUUUUCAUUCCAAGAUUUUAAAAGACUGGUUAUUUGUGUUUAUUUUGAACUUCAUUAAAUGGUUAAAGAAAGUGAAAACAAAACAAAAAAAAAUCCAGAGUUUGACUAUGAUUCCCAUCCCUGCAGUGUGUGAAAAUGACCUGUUAGCUUGCUGUGGUUUUAAUGAGUUCUGGGACAGAAGCAUGACAGCAGUAAAGUCAGGAAAGCUUGAGAAGCACAGAAAAGAUUAUUUAUUUAACAAAAAAAGAAAAAGGGAAAAAAAAAAAAAAAACAAAACCAAUAAUCAUACAGAAUUCCAUACAGCUCCUGCACACACUCCUGGGAGCCUGCACAGGGGGGUGGAACUCAGUGCUCUCGGGGUCUGUUCACAAACUCAGGCCAGGGUUGUGUUCCUACUUCUUGUGUCCAGCACUUCUCUAAGUACGUGUCUCCUUGCCAUCUUUGGAUACUGCUUGGCCACCUCACUGCUACAUACAAAUGAAGUAUUCUUUUUAGCUGUUUAUGUUGGAUUUCUUUGAGGCCAGUGGCUGUACCUCAGCAGGUCUUUCAGUCAGCUUCCCCCCCAUGUCCUGCCACCAAAAAUGAAGCACAUUCCAGUCACCACAAGAAGGAAAGUAAGUACUUAUCUCUGUCCUCUAAGUGUAGGAAAUGUCACCAUAUCCUCUGAUCUGUGGUUCCAGUAUAUGCUCAAUGGCUUGGCCACAGAGUAUCCCUCACACUGAGCUGUACGUGUGUGCAUUUCUUCGCUUAAUGGAUCUGCUCUAACUGGAUUAAGAGACGGAGAGAGCUCUGCUAGCACCUACCAUUACAGACAGGAGCCAGUUGUUCUUUGCUUGACACCCAGGGCACACACACUGACGCCAGCUUAGCCUUGCUAAGCAUUAUCAAGAUUGCAGUCCUGCCUUCAUGGUGGACUGUUGUUCCUGUAUGUGCAGAACUUAAAGAUGGGGUAAGCUGAUGAAGGUUCAUAAAUAUAAACGUUCAGCUUUUGUUUUUCAACUGAGUGGGUAAAUACCUCUACUUUUAGCCCCCAGUUUUCAGGAAACAGGCAGAGAACUACCAUCCAAGGUCUCCUCGGGUGCAGUCUGCAAUUCAGGGGUCUUUAAAAUUUUUCUUUGCUUGCGUCUGUCCUUGAGCUGACAGGGUGAUUUCUUUUUCUGGCUGAAACUUGCAGCAUCUUGCUUAUACGUGUGAUUUAGAGCUGACUGCCAUAAUCCUGGGUAUGUGUCAUGUAUAUAAACGUUCACUUUCCUGAGCCUACAAAUGGAUGCAUGCAUCUUUGGUGACAAGUCAUCUCAAAAGAAAAAAAAUGAUACAGGAAAGACAAUGAGGGAUGCUUACGUGCUCUUUGUGGGUUCCUUUUGGUCUGCCAUGAAGGCGGGAGCCUGCAAACUUUGUUCUCACUGCUUAACUAUUCUUCCAAGCAAGUAUUCAUGUUCUGCUAGCAUCUGACACUGAGUGAGGAAACUAGGGAGCAGUCUAACUUGUUAGAGCUGAUAAUAUGGAAAGGUGCUCAUUGUUUUAAUAACCUCUGAGUACAAUGCAUGAGUGUGCGUGGUGUCUCGUGCUCUCAUUGAGUGGCACUGCAUUCACAGCUGCCUGGGGAUUGUGCUUGGUUUCCACGAGGCUCCCUAAUCUUUGCCUCGCACAGCUAAUGUGCCAGAGGGACGCAAAGCCCCAAGGCCACAGCUGGAUGCAGUGGUCUGAGCUGGGAGCUGUUGUGAAUGCAGGUCAGAAGAGCCACGUGCACAUGCAUUCAAACCACAGUGCUCUGAGGGAGGUAGCAUAUGACCUAAGAGCAUGAGUAUUUGUGUGUCACCACUGCUCUGGCCUUGGCUCCUUUCAAGGGCUUGAAAGAGCUAAGUUUUCCUAAGGCGAGAAACUGAAAAGGUCUUUCACAGGUCUUGCUCUUCCUAGUCUCUAUGCUUGACUGUAUGUUGUUCCUCUUUCUGUGCCCUCUGUUCUUCCUGCGCUCAGUGACUGCUUACCACGACUGUGUUACUGGCUCAGAGAGAGUGCUGGAGAUCCUCAUUUUUCUGCCCUUUGAGCUGCCUGUUUACAGCAGCAUUUUAACUCUGUAAGCCUGGUAGGGAUGCAGUGUUACCCUACACCUUGUGCAUAACCUCCAAGAGCCUGUGGCAAGCCCUCCCAAGUACGUGCUUGCAUUGAGGGCUCCCAGAUGCCACAGGCUGGCAUACCACUAUUGCAAACAUGAGAAAAAUAGCAGCAAGUGGUUGUUGUUAAAGACAGGUCCUUUUGCUGCUGAACAUUCUGUAUUUCAUUUGUCCAGCCCAGCCAUAGACUUAGAGAUCAGGUACAGGCUGACUACUCCCACUGAAGUUGGUGACAAUUUGGUUGUUGGCUUCCACGACAGCAGAACCUGUUGCUUAAUAACUAGGUGCUGAUAAAGCUCGUUACAGGGGGGCAGUGGUGUCCCACAGCCAAGGGAGCAGGUGGGUAGAAGGGAGCUGCUCAUCGUUCUUUUUCGCCAUCAUGCAAAGCUUUUCAUGUCAGAAGUGGGUCAAUGUAGCAAAUCUGAAGCAUGCAAUUCUCUUACAUCCAUGUCAGCUGCGACUUUUGACCUUUGAGGAGAAGCUGCACAGAGGCAAUUGCUUUUUGUCACACUAUUUAUAUUAGUGUUAAAUAAUGCUGCUAAACCAGUCUGUAGAACAGCAACAAGAAAAAAAAAAAAAAAGCCUCUCAGCUCUUCAGGUGCAACACUCAUAAGCUGCUGCUAUCUGCUGUAGCAGGUGAACAAGUGGAAGGGGAGCUGCUCUAGGUGGGAACCAGUAGCAAACACUGUGUAGCCUCCAGUGAAGAGAACAACCCCUUCUUGGGUACAGCCCGAAUUCACUCUGGGAGUUACUCUGGUGCACUGGUGCUGCAUCUGCACUGCAGAUGCCGUGCAUACACAGACGUACAUUUUAGGAAGAUCUGCAAAAGAAUUCUGUAACUCUUGACUGGAUCAGGAUGUAACCUACUCUAAACUCCAGUUUAGUCUGAAGCAACCAGUUUACAUCUACACUGGUGUCUGCUAGAUUUUUUUUUCUUCAGGGUAUCCAGACAAAAGUAAACAGAGGAAGGAGCCUACAUUUUCAUUGUUUAACAGAAAUGUAUCUCAUUUUGCUGUACAUUCCUUUUUUAGGACAUGUUAUCUGUUUAAAAAAAAAAAAAAGAAAAAAGAAAGAAAAGAAAAAACAGAAAAAAAAGAAAAAGAUAAAAGAUAAAAAAACAAAUGUGUAGUGAAAAAUCUUCUGUAACUUUGGAUUAAGAGGUAAUUAUGAUCUUUUUAAAAAGAGAACUAAGUUAUUUACUUUGUAAAUGUGCUGAUGGCAUGGAUCCAUCUUACUGACCUCAGCAUCUUUUAUUUUUUUUUAAAGAUUUUGGGUUUUGUUUCCAAUAUUAAGUUAUUUUAAAUUGUGGUUGAAGCAAUAGAAAAUUGAAAUAUGGAUUGUGCAUGACUGUGUCUUGAGUGUAAAAAUAUUGCAGUUUGAAACUUGGACCUAAAGUAUUGCAAAUAAAAGUUAUAAAUACCA